CAAUAAGCAACAAACCAACCGGCAACAAUGUUUAGUAAAAUGGAGCUCCCUGUGCGAUGUUGGUAAAUAAAUGAGAAAUUAUGAACUUACAAUCCCUUUUUCAAGAUUUCAACCCAAGCAAAUUUGUUGUCCACACCUGUUUGUUAGCAUUUACAAUACUCUUUGCUUUAAAACUAGAUAACUAUAUAACAUGGUCGUUUUGGACAGUUUUCACACCCAUUUGGGCUUGGAAAAUAUUAGUUAUAGCAGGCGCUACUAUAGGUAGCUAUGUCUGGUGGAGAUAUCCACAUUUUAGGUUGGAAGGAGAGGCCUAUGUGCAUUACAAAUCAAUGUUGAUAUCACUUGCUUUACAUCUCAUACUUCUGAUGUUUGAAUUACUAGUUUGUGACAAGUUAGAGUCAGCUAGACAUCUGUGGAUUUUAGUCUUCAUACCUCUAAUUUUCAUAUCCAUUGUGAGCAUAGCUGUUUGCAUAUGGGCCGUAAAACAUGAUCAGUCUUUUGAGCUGGAACUAUUUUGUGCAGUUAAUGUUUUGCAAUUCAUAUUCCUUGCCUUGAGGUUAGACAGUUUCAUUGGAUGGUCAUGGGAAGUAGUUUUUGUUCCUUUGUGGAUUGUUAUGUGCCUCUCAUUGGUAAUGUUUUUUUACUUCAAAUUGUAUUAACAUACUAAGUAACCUAGCUAGUAAAUAUAGGGUUUUCCAACAGGGA